AUUUAUCGUUAGCGCUACGUUUGCCUGAUGGACAACGGUGAUGUUAAUCUUGAGGAAGGAGAGCUUGAUGUAGAUCUCAGUGAUGAUGAAGGCAGCAAGUCCAAAAAUGAAAAUGAUUAUACAAAAUUAGAGAAACUGGGUGGAGAAGUUGAGGUAAAAAAACACAAGAAGAAAGAGAAGAAGGCAAAGAAGGAAAAGAAGCACAAAAAGAAGAAGAAAAAACACAGACGCGAAGUAGAGGAUAAAUGUUCUCUUAAUAAUGGGGACGUCCAAUCACCUGUAAAAGAACCGAAGUUAGAAGAACCUAACAGCCUCAAAAAUGAAGUAAAUGACAUCCCGGUUGUCCAAAAACGUGUCCCUAUCUCUUUGGAAGAGCUGAUUCUAAGAAGGAAAGCAGAAGAGGCAGAAUUAGUUAAACCAAAAUUUAUUUCUAAGGAGGAGCGUAUUCAACAGGCUAUUCAAAGAAGACAAGCUGAAGUCCAAGCUCAACGUGAAAAGCAAAUGGAGGCUUUCAAAAAACAGACCGAAUAUCUUGAAGGCGCCAAAGGUUAUAUUCAUCUGUAUUAUUAUUGUUUUAGAUUUAGAACGAAAAAGACGCGCCGAAGAUUUUCAAGAAAAAAUGAGACAGCAUCGAUACUCUAGAAAUACUGGAAAGAGAGCAGUUCAAGAGGAAGGUUCGGUUGAUAAGAUGAACUCUAUUUCACAAGAAGAACAGGCUAUCAAAGAGCGUUACUUGGGUCAGAAGCGUCUGACAAAGCGUCGACCUAGACGACUUAAUGAAAGAAAAUUUGUAUUUGACUGGGAUGCUGCCGAUGAUACUAGCCAGGAUUACAACCCGCUGUACAAAGAGAAACACCAGAUCCAGUUUUUUGGCCGUGGACAUAUUGGUGGUAUUGAUAUCAAACAACAAAAAAAAGAAAUCGGACGCUUUUAUUCAAAACUGUUAGAAAGCCGCCGUUCUGAUACCCAGAAAGUUCAAGAAAAGAAGCGUCUGAGUGGUGUAGCGAAGCGCGAAGCCAAGCAGAAAUGGGAUGACAGACACUGGACAGAAAAAGCUCUUGAUCAGAUGACUGAACGCGAUUGGCGAAUCUUCCGCGAAGAUUUUAAUAUAUCUACCAAAGGAGGUAAUAUUCCAAACCCUCUUAGGUCUUGGGCCGAAAUGAAUGUUGCUGAUGAACUUAAGGAUGUUAUUAAAAAGGUUGGUUAUCCCGAACCAACACCGAUUCAACGUCAAGCAAUACCAAUAGGUCUACAAAACCGUGAUAUUAUUGGUGUUGCAGAAACAGGCUCAGGAAAAACUGCAGCGUUCCUUAUACCUCUGUUGAAUUGGAUUCAGCGACUUCCAAAACUAGAGAGACUUGAAGAUACGGAACAAGGACCAUAUGCUAUCAUUAUGGCUCCUACUAGAGAGUUGGCGCAGCAAAUUGAGGAAGAAACUGUGAAAUUCGGUCGACCAUUGGGAAUCAAAACGGUUUCGCUGAUUGGUGGUCUGUCGCGUGAAGAACAAGCUCUAAAGCUUCGGAUGGGCGCCGAAAUAGUUAUUGGUACUCCUGGUCGUUUAAACGAUGUUCUGGAAAACCGGUACAUGGUACUUAAUCAAUGUACUUACAUUGUUUUAGAUGAAGCUGAUAAAAUGAUUGAUAUGGGUUUCGAACCUGAGGUCAACAAUAUUCUCACGUAUUUACCGGUUACAAAUGAGAAGCCUGAUAAUGAAGAUGCUGAAGAUGAUUCGAAGCUUUUAAGCAAUUUUGCAACCAAACAUAAGUAUCGUCAAACCGUCAUGUUUACAGCUACCAUGCCUCCAGCAGUUGAACGUCUUGCUCGUUCCUAUUUAAGGCGACCCGCGAUGGUAUAUAUUGGAAGUGCUGGUAAACCUACAGAACGAGUGGAACAAAUUGUUUAUAUGGUUUCAGAACAAGAAAAGAGGAGAAAACUACUGGAAAUACUUGCUGCAGGACUUGAUCCACCUGUGAUCAUUUUUGUCAAUCAGAAAAAAGGUGCUGAUGUUCUUGCUAAAGGACUAGAAAAGCUUGGAUACAGCGCUGUUGUUUUACAUGGAGGCAAAGGACAGGAACAAAGAGAAUAUGCUUUGGCAAGUUUGAAGUCUGGUCAAAAGGAGAUCUUGGUCGCAACUGAUGUUGCUGGUCGUGGCAUUGAUAUCAAGGAUGUAUCAAUGGUUAUAAACUAUGACAUGUCUAAAACAAUUGAUGAAUAUGUACAUCGCAUUGGGCGUACUGGACGUGCUGGCAAGUCUGGUAUUGCAAUCUCACUGCUUACGAAGGAAGAUGCUCCUGUAUUUUAUGAUUUGAAACAAUUAUUAAUCCAGUCUCCUGUAUCGACUUGUCCUCACGAACUUGCCAAUCAUCCGGAUGCUCAAACAAAGCCAGGUAUAUUAGCCGCAAAGAAACGACGCGCUGAAGAGACAGUUUAUAUUACGUAGAGAAAUAGACCUGAUUCUCGUUGUGUUCGGGUUUUUGUUAUUCCAGCUUGUAAAUACAGGAAAUAGUCCAGCUGCUAUUUACUACAUCUAAAAGCUGUUGUACGUUAGUACCACUGUUUUUCAGUGUAUUUGUACAUAAUACAUAAACUGUUAAUAAAAUCUUUGAUACUGUA